AUGGCUACAGAUAUAGACCCAAGGGAAGCACAGGUGGAUUCGCCUCAGGACGCUAAGCCAAACUUCGAAAUAACUAAGUGGACAGCAGUUGCAUUUUGGUCGUGGGAUAUCGACGUGGAUAACUGUGCCAUUUGCAGAAAUCAUAUCAUGGAACCCUGUGUGAACUGUCAGCAGGAGGCUACUUUCAAUUCAGAACACGAAUGUGUGGCUGCAUGGGGUGAGUGUAACCAUGCGUUCCAUCUACAUUGCAUUACACAAUGGAUCAAGAGCAGAAAUGUAUGUCCGUUGGAUAAUAAACCCUGGAAGCUUGCCCGGUGCGGCAAGUAA